AUGUUAUACGGAACUGUCGACGAAAACGUUUCCCACGCGACUGAUGCAAACAGCAGGCAGCGCCUUCUUCUAUGGAGCCGCAAACGGAAUCACAAUGUAGUCCACGACAUGUUCUCUUGUGGGCAUUACUCUUACGUGAUAUACCCGUCAACCGAGUCGCACGCCUCAGACACUCGUUGUCUCUGGGCUGGCAGCCGCACCAGCGUCGCAAGGGUACCCGCGGAUGCUCAUGCCCGCACGCUGAUUGAGGAUUUGAGCAGCCUCGCCGCAGCCGCAGGAACCUACCUCGACAACCCCGAUGUUAUAUUUUGA